AUGGUGACCAGAAUGGGGAUGCCUCCGGUUCCCAACCGUGAGGACAUCAAUGCGACAUGGAAGUACCUCGAGGAUGGCAUCACCCGAAUCAUGACCGAUCUCGAGCAGGGCAUGGACAUGCAAAUGUACAUGGGAGUGUAUACCGCCGUCCAUAACUUCUGCACUUCACAAAAAGCCGUUGGCCUCAGCGGCCCCAGCAUGACCACUAGUCAUCGUGGCGCCCAUCUGCUAGGUGAAGAUCUCUACAACCAUCUAAUUCAGUAUUUACAGAAACACCUGGCGGCCCUCGUUCAGUCGUCCAAAUCGCAUACAGACGAAGCCCUGCUGGCCUACUACAUAAGAGAGUGGAACCGAUAUACCGUCGCUGCGAAAUAUAUUCACCACUUGUUCCAGUAUCUUAAUAGGCACUGGGUCAAACGCGAGAUUGACGAAGGCAAGAAGAACAUAUACGAUGUGUACACCCUGCAUCUUGUUCAAUGGCGAAAGGUGCUCUUUGAGCAGGUAUCCGAAAAGGUCAUGGAUGCCGUUCUCAAACUGGUGGAGAAGCAGAGAAGUGGUGAGACAAUUGAAUACGGCCAGAUAAAACAGGUCGUCGAUUCAUUUGUCUCUCUCGGACUGGACGAGGCCGAUCCUUCCAAGUCCACGCUCGACGUCUACCGCUUCCAUUUCGAACGCCCCUUUUUGGCUGCUACCAAGGAAUUCUACCAAGCCGAAUCCAAGCAGUUCGUUGCUGAGAACAGCGUCGUCGAGUAUAUGAAGAAAGCAGAAAUGCGAUUGGCCGAAGAAGAGGAGCGUGUCAACAUGUAUUUGCACGGGGACAUAGCCAUCCCCUUGAAGAAAUGCUGUAACCAGGCACUCAUCGCUGAUCACUCGGCACUCCUCCGGGAAGAAUUUCAGGUGCUCCUGGACAAUGAUCGGGAAGAAGAUAUGGCGAGGAUGUAUAGUUUGCUAUCUCGCAUUCCCGAUGGGUUGGAUCCACUACGCACCAGAUUUGAGACUCAUGUCCGAAAGGCAGGCCUGGCCGCUGUUCAAAAAGUGCAGUCGUCUGAAGGGGACAAGUUGGAACCUAAGGUCUACGUCGAUGCCCUCCUCGAGAUUCACACUCAGUACCAAGGCUUGGUCAAGCGAGCCUUCAACGAUGAACCUGAGUUUACACGGUCUCUAGAUAAUGCCUGCCGUGAAUUCGUCAACCGCAACGAGGUGUGCAAGUCCGGCUCCAACAAAUCGCCCGAAUUGCUGGCCAAGUACACAGAUGUUCUCUUGCGCAAGAGCACCACAAGCAUCGAAGAGGCCGAUCUGGAGCGCACGCUGUCUCAGAUUAUGACCGUCUUCAAGUACAUUGAGGAUAAGGAUGUCUUCCAAAAAUUCUAUUCCCGUAUGCUGGCCAGGAGACUGGUGCACAGCAACUCUUCUUCCGAUGAUGCCGAGACAAGCAUGAUUUCCAAGUUGAAAGAGGCUUGUGGCUUUGAAUACACCAACAAGCUUCAGCGUAUGUUCCAAGAUAUGCAAAUUUCCAAGGAUCUGAACAAGGAGUUCAAAGAGCAUCUAGAGAGCUACGACAAUCCAAAGGCUGUAGACUCAACCUUUUCCAUCUUGGGAACCGGCUUCUGGCCAUUGACGCCCCCGAGCACUCACUUUACUCCGCCCGCGGAAAUUAACGGGGAAAUUGAGAAAUUCGUUCGAUUCUACAAGCACAAGCAUGAUGGCCGCAAGCUAACCUGGCUGUGGCAUCUUUGCAAGGGUGAAGUCAAAGCCGGCUACUGCAAGAACAGCAAGACGCCCUAUACUUUCCAGGUCUCAAUCUAUCAAAUGUCGAUCCUCCUCUUGUUCAACGAAAAGGAUACAAAUACAUAUGAAGAGAUUAUUGCCAUUACCGCGCUGAGCUCGGAGGUGCUCGAUCAGGCACUAGCUGUUAUUCUCAAGGCCAAGGUGCUACUGAUGGAGGGCGGCGAUAAGCCUGGGCCUGGCAAGGCAUUCCGUCUCAACUAUGAUUUCAAGAGCAAAAAGAUACGAGUAAAUCUCAACCUUGGUGGUGUCAAGGAGGCGAAGCAGGAAGAGGUCGAGACGAACAAGACUAUCGAAGAAGACCGCAAAUUAGUCUUGCAGUCUGCGAUUGUCCGUAUCAUGAAGGCUCGAAAGAAGAUGAAGCACACGCAAUUAGUGAGCGAGACCAUCAACCAGAUCCGUUCCCGCUUCGUCCCCAAGGUUGGUGAUAUCAAGAAGUGCAUAGAAAUUCUCCUGGACAAGGAGUAUCUGGAGCGUCUGGACGACGAUGAAUUGGGCUACUUAGCAUAA